CACGUUUGAUACGUCGACAUAAACGAAUCCACCGCUGGAAGCACAUCGUUUAACAUAAUCCAACCGACCAUCCGGCGCGCACCCGAACGACAGCAAUGAGCCCCACACAGCAGCAGGAGAAGGUGGUUCGCACUCACGUCCGCGAGGGCUGCAUCUUCGUCGUCGAGAUGUGUCGUCCUCGUGCCAAGAACGCCUUCAACGACGCCCUGUACGAGCAGCUAACCGCUGCUUUGGACGAGUUCGAGGCCGACGAUUCGCUACACGCGUUUGUACUCACGGGUCACGGCGACUACUUUACCAGCGGCGCCGACGUGAAGGAGACAGCUGCCAUUCUGGGCGACGGAUCAGUGCGUCCGCCCUCGCAGAGUCCGUCCCACACAUUCAUGCACAAGAUGCUGGACUGCAAGAAGCUGCUGAUAGCCGCAGUGAACGGCCCCGCCAUCGGCAUUGGCGUCACGCUGCUCAUGCACUGCGAUCUCGUGUACGCGGCCGACAGCGCCACCUUCUGGACGCCGUUUCUGCGUAUCGGAGUCGUGCCAGAGUUCGCGUCUUCCUACACGUUCCCACACUUGCUGGGCCCCACUGUAGCCAACAACCUGGUGAUCCGCUCCAAGGUUUACACAGCUCAAGAAGCUCUAAACGCCAGCAUAGUGGGAGAAAUCUUCCCUACGAAUGGGUUCUUGGAGGCUGUAUUCGCUGAGCUUACGCCUCUCGUCAACAACCGCUUUAACAAGACAAGUCUCCCCGUGUACAAGUCGCUGCUGCGUCGUGAACGUGCCCCCAAGAUCCGCGAGGCUCUGUUCUAUGAGUUCGAGCAGUUGGACCGUCGUGCGGCAUCGGGUGAGUUCUUAGCCACCGUGACGGAACUCAAGAAGCAGUUCAAGAACAAGAGGAGCAGGCUGUGAGCCUCGUGGUUGUAAACUGCUGAUUCUGGUUCGAACGACGCUCAGUUUGGUCUUGAGAAUAAUGAAAAAAAGUGUUUAUGUGUCAAAAUUCACUAAUCUGCCAGCG